AUGAUGAACUUUGACACUGCUCUUAAAUCACAACGUAACACAAAUGCAAAGCUCAACAGUGACAACGAAGGGUACAAUCCAGAUAUGAAGACGCCUCUGGGGAUUGAAAAGCACGCUUCAAUCGUCUACACCAUUACUGUUUUCUAUCAAGUUCAGGAAGAAAUAUGUGCCUCCUGUUUCAAAUGUAUGGUGUUGAGUGUUAGAGAAGACGGUGGAAUGUUGCACUAUGAUAUUAUGGAUGGAAAAACAAAAAGAUUUACUGUGGUGCACAACGUAAAUGACCAUGAGGCCAAAUGCAGUUGCAAGAUGUUUGAGAUGGUUGGACCUCUGAAGUACGUGGUUAAUCGGUGGACUAAGGAUGCGUCUUUAAAAGCUACAUUUGAAAUAGAUGGUGUCAUUUAUGAUCAGAACGGACCAAAGGAUGAAAAGAAGAUGUUGCUGAACAAAGUGUGGUCUGAUAUACACUGCUGUAUGGAUAUGGCAGGUUCAAACAUGGAGCAAUUGACUGCAUUUUCCCAAGUGAUUAAUGAACAGAAACAGCUGCUACUGUGA